CUUGCCCAUCUCUUCCAAGAACAUGGGUCUCUUAGACAAGUUCAAGUAUAACGUUCACCCACCCUUCCAAACCCCCUCCACUUCAAGCAAUUCGUCCUACGCUCAAAUUCCGACGAUCCCGCUUGGACCCAGUCUCACUCCUCGCUAUAGGAAACAACGCGGGGUAAACCUAGGUUCUUGGUUCGUACUAGAGAGAUGGAUCACAGAAGGACCAUUCAAUGAUGCUUCCAAUGCUGGAAAAAGCGACUUUGAUAUUGCUAGCGGCGACAACGCAAGGGAAGUAUUGGAGGCUCAUUGGGAUGGGUUCAUGUCUGAUGAAGAUUGGGAAUGGAUCGUCGAGAGAGGUUUCAACAGCGUUCGACUUCCUAUCGCAUAUUACCAUCUUUCCAAACCAUGUCCCGGUGCUAUGAGAGAUACAGAAUUCGAGCCUUUCGCUAGGGUCUUUGAAGGUGCAUGGGAACGCAUCCUUAGGGCUGUGGAGGAUGCCAAAAGACAUGGAUUGGGGGUGCUUAUCGAUUUACACGCCGCUCCCGGUGCUCAAAACCCCGACUCUCACUCCGGAACCUCCCACGGUCGAGUCAAACUCUUCUCACGUUCCAACCUCCGAGCAUAUUCUCUCGCUAUUCAAUUCCUCGCUUCACACUUCGCCUCAGACCCUUGGAUCGUAGGUCUUGAACUACUCAACGAGCCUCGUAACGAUGAUCGUCUUCAACACCUGUACGAGACCACUCUUUCUUCUAUACGUGCCAUCGUCGGACCAGAAUUCCCCAUCUACAUAUCCGAUGCUUGGGACACACCUUGGUAUGCUUCUUGGGUUGGUAGAAGGACAGACUUUGUGGUUCUUGAUCAUCAUCUGUACCGCUGUGUAAGCCCUCAAGACACAAGUCGGUCAAUGGAUGAACUCACACAUGAUCUACGUCAUGGUUUUAGUGGAUAUUUCGGUGGCGUUUGUGAUACAGCCAAAGGAAGCGUUGUUAUCGGUGAAUUUUCUGCGACCGUCGCCCCGACCAGUCUACCCAAUGUUCCGGAUGGCGAGAAGGACCGGUUGAGGAGAGAAUACGUGAAGGCACAAUUAGAUCUUUAUGAGAGAUGUACGGCAGGGUGGUUUUUCUGGACUUACAAAAAGGGAGCGGGAUGGGACGCGGGGUGGUCGAGCAAGGAUGCGGCGAGGGCAGAGAUCUUGCCAUCGUUUCCUAGGAAGAGUUUCCGGCACUCGAAUCAGCAGAAACAACAUGAGCUGGAUAGCGCAUUCAACUCGCACAGAGAUUACUGGGCUUGUCAUGGUGGAACUCCAGAUCCAGAAUCUUUCCGUUCUGGCUUCUUACAAGGGUGGGAGGACGCAGUCAUUUUCCUGGAGAACGGAGAUGAACUUGGAUUCGUCGGUCAAUGGUCAAGACGAAGAAGACAAGAACAGGGUAGACCUCACGACGCUUGGGAAUGGGAGCAUGGCUUCAAGCAAGGGAUUGAAGCCGCCAAACGAAUUUGUCAAAUCUGACGCAUAAAUUUACAUCGUAACAACAACAAGAAAACAAAAAGUGUACUUGCAUGCAUGUAUAUAAAUGU